CGCUCCCCAGUGCGCAUGAGCGACGUCGAAGCCGUGAUUGGCUCUCACGGCUGCAGUCCGUGUUGUCAGUCGGGCGGGUUCGGUCCAAUCUUUUUCACACUUGACAGCGUUCCCGUGAUCGCUGAGGAGUGGCCGUGUCUCCGUCCAGCCACCGGUUACAGGAAGUGAGGGGAGUGAAUCACUCCCUCCUUGAUGUGACGCUGCGCUGAAGUGUGACCUGGUCUGUGGUCCAGAUGGGUAACAGUGCCCUCAAGUCUCACCUGGAAACGUCCCAGAAGACCGGAGUGUUCCAGCUGAAGGGGAAAGGUCUUCUGGAGUUUCCUGAGGAGCUUCAGCGUCUGACCGCCAACCUUCGAACCGUUGACCUGUCCGAAAACAAGAUUGAAGUCCUUCCUGCUAAUGUGGGGAACUUUCUGCAGCUCAAGAGUUUGACGUUGAACUCCAAUAGGCUUUCCGUUCUGCCCGCUGACAUCAGCAAGCUGAAGAAGCUGGAGGUUCUGAGUCUGAGCGGAAACCGGAUCCAGCAACUUCCCUCCACCUUGGGUCAGCUUAAAGCUCUGCGGACCCUCUGCCUGUCUGGGAACCAGAUCACAGAGUUCCCCUCCGGGCUGGGUUCCCUGAGGCACCUCGAUCUGCUCGACCUUUCCCGAAACCAGAUCCAGAGCGUCCCGGCCGAGGUGUCGGAACUGCAGGCCAUCGAGAUCAACUUGAACCAGAACCAGAUUUCGGUUCUGUCGGCCGAAGUGUCCCGCUGUCCUCGCCUGAAGGUCCUGCGAGUGGAGGAGAACUGUCUGGAGCUGUCCUCCAUCCCGACGUCCAUCCUGAGCCAGUCCCAGGUCUCGCUGUUCUCUGUGGAGGGAAACCUGUUUGAGGUGAAGAAGUUGCAGGAUGUGGAAGGCUAUGACCAGUAUCAGGAGCGCUUCACGGCCACAAAGAAGAAGUUCUCAUGACACCUGCGGUGGUCCAAACCUUAGAGAUGUCACAUGACUCCACCCACACCCACGGCUGCUUCCCCUGCUGCUAACAUAGAAGUGAGGCCGCCACGCUCGGAGGCGCGUGAAGCAAAAAAGAAGACUCCACGACAGUGACUCUUGUGUGUAGAUGAUGCCGCUGACCGGAAUGUUCCUGUCCUUAUCAUGAAUCACCUGCUCCCUCCUCACCUCGCACACUACCUUUUAAUCUUGUCCAAUAAAUGCUCUGUUCUGAUUUGACUGUGCUGCAGGAUUUAAGGUCACAUGAUCAUUCAGCAGGUUGAUCUGAUAUUUCAGACCUUCCAUCCUGUAAGUUUCUGACUCAUAAACUAGCACGGAGCUACACAGUCUUACACAAACACUGCUACCUUAUAAUCGCUGGCACUAUGACGCCACCACUGCCGGUGGUCUUUUGUGUGAAUCGAGGUCCCCCCUCCCGCAUUCCUUCGGGAGACUAAACAACUGUUAAGUCUACCGUGUUCACACAUCAUUUCCGGUUUUGUCUUUCCACCUCGCAUAGGAGAUUUUGAAUUAAACUCCCGGAUUACUUUGACAGCACCUUAGUUGCACUGAUACUUUUGUCUAACGAGAUUAAUAAAAUAGUUGGGCUCCCUGCAACUCAUUGAAAA